UUCAUGUCAACAACAGUUGACAAUCUGACUGAAGCAACAAACGUCAAUGCUAAAAACAUAAAUUGGUAGCUAUUGAGGUAUCAGUGAAAGGGCUCUACCCUAUUUGGAUUAUAAAAUAAGAAGCACCAGCAAGUCUCAUUACUUCUCAGUGGAUAUAUGGUUGAAAUAUAGAUCUUAAGAAGAAGAAGAAGAAAUAUUUCCUGAGGCUACCAUGGCUAACCAUGCCAAUGCAAUUAAUAAAGUCAAAAUAUUAGUUGUUGGAGAUUCAGGUGUUGGGAAAUCAUCACUGGUCCAUCUCAUCUGUCAUGGGCAGGCAUUAAGUAAUUCAUCAUGGACAAUUGGAUGUAGUGUUGAAGUCCGUGUCCAUGAGUACCGUGAAGGAACCCCAAGUCAGAGACCUUAUUUUGUUGAGCUGUGGGAUGUAGGGGGGAGUAAUUCGCACAAGAAUGCAAGACAUGUGUUCUACAACCCUGUGCAUGGCAUCAUCCUGGUCCACGACUUGACCAACCGCAAGUCACAGCUGAACCUCCGCCGCUGGCUUUCGGAGGUCCUUAUCAAGGAAGGUGGCGGAACAAAAGCACGAACUCCGCUGGUUGAGGAGUUUGAUGCAGAACAGUUCGGGGGGUUUGCUCAGGUAUAUGGUGUGAAAAAGAUGCCAGUCUUUGUUGUGGGGACAAAGCAAGACCAGAUAGCUGAGGUGAGAACGUCUGUCCGAGUUCGCACCUCUUCUAUCGCUGAUGAGUGUGCAGCUGAUGAAAUAAGUGUGAAUUGCCAUGACCAGCGCUCUCUAGCCCCAGGCUCUAGCAACGCUGUCAAGCUCUCUCGUUUCUUCGACAAGGUAAUUGAAAGGCAACAGACAACCACCUCAAGGGCAGAGCCAGCUGGCAUCUCCUUCCUGGAGAGGGAAAAUUCCAUGUACAGGAGAAACAAGUCUGUGUCCUCCUUUAUUGCCAGUAACUGAGAGGGUUUCUUCUAUAGGGGUAAAUGAACUUAAAUGUGCUCAUAUUUUAUUAAAAAUCUUUAUUUUUAUG